AUAGCGCGGUACACUGCACUGAGCCAAAGGUGGGCUGAAAAAAGAAUACACAAACGAAACAGGAUGUAUUCAUCUGCUUCAGUAAGGUGCUCAUGCCAUGUCUGUACAUCAAACCUUUGUUAAAGGCACAGAAGCAGCUGGGAGCUCCGAGGAAGAGAGAAGGGCAAAACGGGAUCCAAACUGACAACGAGCUAAUAUUGUUUUGAGAUCCAGAUUCCAGAGAGGCAGCCGCAAAAAAAAAACCCGGAACGUCCCGGUACCCAAAGAAGACGUGGUGCCUGUAAGGUUUCCCGGUCUAGAGCUCUUUGUCGCGGGCAAGGCUCCUUUUUUGGGUUGCUUUUUUAACAAAAGAGAGAGACCUGUCCCUUUAAGAGGGGAGGCGAUGGGAGGAGAAGAAAAGAAGCUGUCCAGUUCCUGUAGUUUCCGGCAAUACAGGCCUUUUGAAGCAGCCUCCGUCGUCGCCGCUGCUUUGACAACCGGCAGCUACUCAUCACUUUUCAAUACGUUGACACUAGUGCAUGAAUGGCAACCGUGGAUGACCUUAAGUUUUCAGAAUUUGAUGAUGCAGCCAACUUGUUGGCAGCAAAUCCGGAUGCUGUCACAAUAAGAAUUGAUGAGCAUGGUGAGAAACCAAAGAAGAAGCAUGGACAUCGGCAAGACUCCGGGAGAGAGGAGGAUGAUGAACUGUUGGGGACAGAUGAUUCUGAUAAAACUGAGUUGCUUGCUGGGCAGAAGAAAAGCGCCCCCUUCUGGACAUUUGAGUAUUACCAAACAUUUUUUGAUGUAGAUACAUACCAGGUCCUGGACAGAAUCAAAGGUUCUGUUUUUCCAGUACCAGGGAAGAACUUUGUAAGACUGUACAUAAGAAGUAAUCCUGACCUUUAUGGUCCCUUUUGGAUAUGUGCAACAUUAGUCUUUGCCAUUGCUAUCAGUGGCAACCUUUCAAAAUUCUUCAUCCGUCUUGGUGACCCUUUUUACCCUUAUGUGCCUGAAUUCAGAAAAGUGUCCAUAGCUGCAACAGCUAUCUAUGCGUAUGCAUGGCUGGUUCCUCUGACGCUCUGGGGAUUCCUUAUGUGGAGAAACAACAAAGUUAUGAACAUUGUCUCCUACUCAUUUCUUGAGAUUGUGUGUGUCUAUGGCUAUUCACUCUUCAUUUAUAUUCCAACUGCAAUUUUGUGGAUCAUUCCACUGAAAGCUGUCCGAUGGGUUUUGGUCGUAUUUGCUCUGUGUCUUUCAGGAUCAGUUCUAGCAAUGACAUUUUGGCCUGCUGUUAGAGAUGAUAAUCGAAGGAUUGCAGUGGCUACAAUUGUGACAAUUGUACUUCUCCAUGCUUUGCUAGCUGUUGGUUGCUUGGCAUACUUUUUUGAUGCCCCUGAAGUAGCUGUUUCUUCAUUUCCUACUGUACUUCCACAUAAUAUAACAGGAAUGACAAAAUCUCAAUAAUUAAGAUAUCUACUUCUUCAUCUGUGCAAUACUGUUUUAUUGGGACUUUGCCAUGCUGAAAAAAAGAAAAGGCAAAGGGCUGAGGAAAUGUUAGUGAAACUGUCUGGAUUUAUAGUAUUGGACAUCUGAAUGACCAAGCAGAAAUGGGCUUGAGUUCAACUUCUGCUCUGUUGAGUUAAAGGUGAAAUACAUUCCCAUGCUGUGGAGUCAGUUUCACCUACAGGUUGAAAUUUUCCUGAUUUACGAUUAUUAUUAUUUUUUAAUCUUCAGCAUAACUUACAUUUUAGUGUUUGUCAUUGAAUAAAAGUGACUGGAAA